AUGCAUUCCCGGUUGCUGUUGUUGUGGGUUGCCACUGUUUCGAGUACAGAACUCUUUGUCAAUUACGACCAGAAGCUAGAGGACCGGCCCAGGCUAUUCACGUUGGUGAAGGAAGAAGUUGGGAGAUUGGAUAUACCGGCGAAAUUCAACUCAAAGAAUGAUGAUGGAAAAGUGCCGCUUGGUUCCGACCUGACAGCCCGCGAAGCCGUCGACGUCCUACUAGGAAAGCGCCAAUCGUGUCCUCAGGGCUUUGGGUAUUGUCCUAGCGCUGGGGGAUGCUGUGUCGCGAAUAGCCUCUGUUGUUCGUAUGGAUACUGCCAUACCCAAGGAUCCGUCUGUUGCCCAACUGGCCCAUGUGCGAGCGGCCAGACAUGUUGCGGCAACAGCCACUGCAUGCCUGUGGGAGAUCAAUGCUGUACAGAUGAAUCUCACUGUGAACGAGGAAAUAAUUGCUACCGAAACCUGAGAACAAAUCAGAUGGUAUGCUGUACUGAUGAGCACUGCACGGCACACGUGGAUAAUGGAAAGACAACCUACGCGCAAACGACGACGAGCACACACACAUAUACUACGACUUACUACCAGUAUUAUUACUGGACGGUGACUUGGUACUACUGGUACUACUAUUGGACAUACUCGAUUGACAUCCAGGCAUCUAUCGUGACCUCUAGCCGUUCAACCACCUGGACUACAUUCAGUGUCAAGACAACGGAUGCUGCAGCAGCUUCCGAGUAUUUCAGUUCCAAAUCUGAGACGCUGUCUCUUCCUACACCCGCUGCUGCCACAUCUCUUGAGUCCAUUGCAGGAAGCACGUCGUUUCUCUCCUCGUCGCGACGCCCGAGUCCGAAUCCCAGCCCAACGGACGAGUCAAGCAUUACUGAAGCACCUACUCCGCCGCCAUUUAGCUUUCCUGGCAACAUUGAUAGCAGUUCUACAAGCAGUUCUAGUAGCAGCACUACCUCUCUUCUUCAUAAUGGUGGCGAUGAUGGCCCUCCAAGCAAUGGAGGCAAUGACUCUUCUGGAGCGAAGCCUUUGUGGGCAUCAUCGGACUGGAAGACGGUCUGGGUCUUGGUUCUUGGUGCUGGAACUGGGCUUUUGGCUGUGAUUCUUUGA